GCUCAAUGUAUAUUAACCUAAACUCAGUUGCAGUUUAGCUCUAGUCCAGUUUGGAACUGACGCUAAACAAACAGUUAUUAAAUUUAUUUACGGAGUUUUGUUUGUUUAUAAAGUUUGUUCUAGUGUUUAAAAAAAAUUUGUGAACAAAAAUCUAAUCUAUAUUGAUUAACUAAACAAUUUUAAAUAAUUAAUUAUUAUUUGAAUAAAUAUUACUAAUUUAAUUAAAAAUCAUGAACCGAACAUUAAGUUCAGCUUUAAUAUUUUUACAAAUUUUAAUAUUUGUUAAUGCAAGCGGUUUUUACUCCAUUGUAGCACCUGGAACCAUACAGUCCCAGCAUGAUUAUUCCGUCAGUGUCACUCUACAUGAAAACUCAGAGCCGGCAACAAUUAAAGUUGGCAUAAAAGGACCAUCUUACAAUGAAGAAAAAACCAUCGAUAUUUCACCCUCCCAAACAGAAAUAGUCAACUUUGAAAUACCUAAACUACAAUCAGGAACAUAUCAAUUAGAAUCGGAGGGUAUUAAAGGUUUGAUAUUCAAAAACUCUACUGAAUUGAAUUUUAAAAAUAAAGAACCAAAAGUCUAUAUACAAACUGACAAGGCGGUCUACAAACCGGGAGAUUUAGUACAAUAUCGUAUUAUUGUUUUGGAUGAAAAUACAAGACCAGCAAAAUUAGAACAACCCUUGACUUUAGGCUUUAAAGAUGGCGGCGGCAACUUUGUUAAGCAAAUCAAAGAUAUUAAACUAAACAAAGGUGUGUAUACGGGAAAUUUUCAAUUAUCUGAACAGCCAGUUUUGGGUAAUUGGCUAAUAGCGGUGAGUUUGGGCCCUAACGAAGAUGAUACGAAAACUGAAAAGAAAUUUGAAGUGGCCAAAUAUGUUUUGCCAAAAUUUAGUGUGGAUAUAGAGACAGUUAAAGAUAUUGCUUAUGGAGACCCUUUGAAAAUAACGUUACGUUCCAAGUAUACAUAUGGUAAACCGGUUAAGGGCAAAGCUAUCAUUACAGUAGAUGCCGGCUAUGGCCAAGCUAAGGCUGAGAAAAUCAUUGAUGUAGAUGGCAAGGGUUAUGCCGAAUUCGAUUUGAAGAAAGAUCUGAAUUUGGAAUUGUCCAACCCAAAUAAUCGUUUCGGUUAUUAUUUAUAUGUGCCACCCAUUAACAUUUUGGCGGUCAUGACCGAAGAAUACACAGGCAAUAAACAAAAUAAAACGACUUCGGUGAAUUUACAUCGUUCUCGAUAUAUAAUUGAAGUACCUCAAAAUGCUUAUGAAUAUGUAAUCAAUAAACCAUUUGAAGUGAAGGCAUUUGUGAAAAAUCUCGACGGAACACCCGUUCAAAAUGGAAAACAUGUAGCGAAACUUUCGAUAGGUAGAAAUCGUCAAUACUAUGGAUUUUCUCCUUUACCAAUUGAAGCUGAAUUAGAGUUUACUAGUGAACUCGAUAAAAAUGGUAUGGCCUUAUUUAAACUGACUAUACCUUCGGUCGGCUACUACCAUGAUGUGAAAGUGACAUAUGCAGAUCAAACUAAGUAUCUAGGACCUUUAACGGGUAAGGAAGCUUCUCAGACUAAAGACAAUGAAAUUAAAGAUGGUGAAGAAGAUGUAGGACCUCUGAAAUUGGUAAAGAAAACUGAAAAACUUCAGCUUGAUCAAGAUGUUGUUGUCGAUGUUAAAUCGAAUAAAUAUAUUCCCUACUAUGUCUACGCCCUCGUGGCUCGUGGUAACAUUAUUAAACAAGAAUACGUUAAAUUACCAGAAAAUGUCAAAUCUCAUAAACUUAAAUUUAAACCCUCAUUUGAAAUGGUACCCAAGACACAUUUAUAUGUUUAUUUUGUACUUGAUGGUGAUUUAAAAUUUCAAGAAAUUAUACUUAAUUUCCCCAAAGAAUUUCAAAAUAAGAUGGAAAUCACGGCACCCAAACAAGCCAAACCCAGUGAAGAGGUUACAUUAAAUAUCAAAACUGAUCCAGAUUCAUUUGUGGGUCUUUUGGGCGUGGACCAGAGUGUGCUAUUACUACAAUCUGGCAAUGAUUUGGAUAUGAGAAAAAUUAUUGACGAUUUAAGUACGUAUGAUACUUCGACUCCUUAUAUUAGGGGUUAUGGAACUUAUCCGGGCAAAUCAUCGGGUUUGAUUACCCAAACCAAUGCAAAUUAUCCUUAUUCCACUGACUUUUAUCCCAUAUAUUUUGAAAUGCCUUUGGGUUCGGAUAUUGUACCUUUUAAUAGUGUAAGCAUCACAGGAGGUUCUCUUUUCGGUAUAGCACAGCCACAAGCUAGCUUUGCUGCUGCUCCUCCUCCUGCUAGUACCAGCAUAGAAUCAAAUAUCCGUAAAGAGUUCAUAGAAAACUGGAUUUUUGAAAACCUAAAUAACACCGAUAAAAAUGGCUUGGCUACUCUAACUAAAAAAAUUCCCGAUACCAUUACUUCAUGGGUAGUGACCGGUUUUUCUUUGAACGAUAAAACUGGUUUUGGAAUGGUGACAAAUCCUACUAACAUUGAGGUAUUCCAACCUUUCUUUGUGAGCACCAAUUUGCCUUAUUCCGUAAAGCGGGGUGAAGUUAUAUCCAUCCCAGUAAUUAUCUUCAAUUACAUGGAUAAAGCUUUAGAUGCUGAAGUUACAAUGGAAAAUACCGAUGACGAGUACGACUUUACUGAAAUUUCCAAUGAAAUUGAGGAAUUAGUUUUGGAGGAGAAACAACGUGUUAAAAGAGUAACUGUUCCCUCGAAUAGUGGCAAAAGUUUAUCGUUCAUGAUUCGUCCCAAUAAGGUGGGAGAAAUAACUUUGAAAAUUAAGGCCAUAACACCCCUGGCUGGAGAUGCUAUACACCAGAAACUUAAGGUAGAACCAGAAGGUGUGACAAAAUAUGAAAAUCAUGCCAUUUUUAUAACUCCCUCUAAAGAACCUAUAAAGGAAACACUUGAGGCUGUUAUACCCAAAGAAGCUGUUUUGGAUUCAGAAUAUUUGGAAUUUUCUGUAGUUGGUGAUAUCUUAGGUCCCACUAUUAAGAAUAUUGAUCAGCUGGUGCGCAAACCCUAUGGUUGUGGUGAACAGAAUAUGGUUAAUUUUGUGCCCAAUAUUUUGGUUUUACAUUAUUUGGAUGCUAUUAAACGUAAUAUGCCAACUGUGGUUCAAAAAGCUAAAAGUUAUAUGGAAGUUGGUUAUCAGCGUGAAUUGACCUAUAAACAUAAAAAUGGUGCUUAUAGUGCUUUCGGUGAGGGUAGCAGUGAACCGAAUAGUUGGCUCACCGCUUAUGUGGCUCGUUCCUUUAUACAGGCUAAAAAAUAUAUUACCAUUGAUUCCGAUGUCAUUGAUCAAGCAUUACAGUAUGUAGUAUCAAAUCAAUUGGAGAACGGACAAUUUAAACAGACUGGACGUUUAUUCCAUCCGGCUCAUCAGAACGAUGUGGGUUUUACUGCUUUUGCUUUGUUGGCUCUUUUGGAAGAUAUGGAUUAUUCCAACAAAUACAAAUCUGAAAUCGAGAAAGGUAUUAAGUAUCUGGUCGCUAAUAUUGACAAGGAAAGUGAUAUUUAUGCCCUCGCUCUAGUAGUGGUGGUCUUAAAGAAAGUACAACAUCCUAGUGCUGACAAACUUAUAGAAAAACUUGAAAAAUUAGCUCAUGAAGAAAAUGGUCUUAAAUCGUGGACAAAAACAUCAAAGGAUCAUAGCAACGAUAUUGAAAUUACAGCAUAUAUAUUGGAAGCUUAUGUAUACACUGAACCAGCUGGAAAACUAUUACCCAUUAUUAAAUGGCUGAUAAGUAAUCGUAAUAGUAUGGGCGGUUUUGAUUCAACGCAAGACACAGUUGUCGGUCUACAAGCUCUAAUCAAGUUUGCUGAAAAGUAUAUUCCUGGUGGAGAUGGUAAAAUGAUGAUUACUUUCGAGGCUUUAGAUGGAGAGGGAAAAGAAACCACUAAAGGUAGUUUUUCAGUGGAUAAGGAGAAUUCAUUGAUUCUGCAAACUCAUGUGCUUCCCAAAUCGUCUCGUCAAAUAACAUUGGAAGCCAGUGGUGAAGGCUCAUCACUGGUUCAAUUAUCUUAUCGCUACAAUUUAGCCACCAAAGACGACAAACCCAGUUUCAGUAUCAAACACACAAUUCAGCCCACCGAUUAUCCCAAUCUAUUACAAAUGGAUGUUUGCGCUGAUUUUGUUCCCGGAGCCAACAGUGACAUAAAAGAAUCUAACAUGGCCAUUAUGGAAAUAUAUCUACCAUCUGGUUUUACCGCCGAUACCGAUAAGUUUGAUGCCAUACGUCAAGCCAAUCAAGUGCAACGUAUUGAAACUAAAAAUUCCGAUACAGCUAUUAUUAUCUACUUUGAUUUCCUUACGGCUGGCGAAGAGGUGUGCUUCAAAGUUAAUGCCGAGAAGACUCAUGCCGUUGCCAAGCAAAAGCCAGCCGCCAUCACCAUGUAUGAUUACUAUAAUUCGGAUCAACGUGCCACUGUUUACUAUGAAGUGAAGUCAUCGUUGUGUGAUAUUUGUGAAGAGGGUGAAUGUGGCAAAGGCUGUGAAAAUAAAGGAGGCAAUAAAAUUGCAUAAAUUAUAUCAAAUAUUAAGAAUUAAUUACAUAAUUACUUAUAUUGUCAUGAUAUAAAUAAAACAUUAAAAUUUGUAUAAUUAAGAUUUUAAUUAAAUAAAAUUAAUUACAAUUCA